CUGAGAGGGUCGAGGAUGGUGGUGGUGGUCCUGCUGGGGCUCGGCUGGCUGUGCACCCCCCUGGGAGCCCUGGUUCUGGAUUCCAACUACAUCAAGAGCUCUGCUGGUGCACAAAGGGCCCAGAAGGGUUCACAGUGCGUGUCUGACAAGGACUGCAGUGCUAGAAAAUUCUGCCUCCGACGUUAUGAUGAGAAACCGGUCUGUGCCACCUGCCGUGGACCACGGAGGCGGUGCCAGCUUUCUACUAUGUGCUGCCCGGGGACGCUCUGCAUGAACAAUGUCUGUACUCCAGUGGAAGAGGCAGCCAAAGGGCCGGAGAAGGGGACGGACGACGAAGACGACAUAGACAUAGAAGAAACAAUCAAGCACCCAAUGCAGGGGAAGUCAAAUACUACAAAGCCACAACCCAGGAAGAGACAUAGGGGAGAAAGAUGUCUCAGAGAUUUCAACUGCGGGCCUGGACUUUGCUGCGCUCAUCAUUAUCGGACCAAAAUCUGUAAACCGGUGCUCCUGGAGGGACACGUCUGCUCCAGGAGGGGUCACAACGACAACACGCAUGUUCUGGAUAUCUUCCAGCGCUGUAACUGUGCGCCCGGGCUAGUGUGUCAGAGUCAGGCGGCUCAAAAUCCAUUACACACACGGUUGCACGUGUGCCAGAACGCCUAACGGCUGCAGGUCUAACCCAGCAGAAGUCUCAGGCAUGCGCUCACACAUCUUCCCAUCU